AAGCCAGAAUAAUGUUCUAAACAUGAUUCGAACUCUUGUAAGACGAUCCAGUCAAGUUGUCCAAGGAUUCAAUAGGUUCCAAACUCUUCCAAAACUACAGACUCCCUGUUGGCAACCUCAAAUCAUCUCAUUAGUGAAAGUACCACGCAGAACCUUUUCUACUGAGAACCUUGACGAAGUGAAGUACACUGUAUUAGUAAAUGAGACCUUAGAGAGCCUCGGAGACAAGUUUAGUGAAAUCAUCGAAAACCAUUCCGAGUUAGCCGGAGCUGAUGCCACUCUGUCUCACGGUGUGCUGACUAUAAAUCUGGGAGGAGAUUACGGAGUCUACGUUAUCAAUAAACAAACUCCAAACAAGCAAAUCUGGCUCUCUUCUCCCAUCAGUGGUCCUCAGAGGUUUGAUUUUGUUCCGAAAGAUUCCUCUUUGUCCCCGAACAGAGGAAAUAGUUGGGUCUACGCACACACUGGAGACUCAUUACAUCAGAUUCUAGAUCGGGAGAUCGGAGGGGAAAUCUUGAAAACGGAAACUGGGUUUCAGACGGAUUGUUUCUUAGGUGGACUGAAUGAAGAUGAUUAAAAUGCGAUUAAAAAUGUUUAAAA